AUGGUUUGCUUUGACUGCAGUUUGUUAUCCCACCCGUUCAGCAAGACUGGCGUUUACCAAUUGCCGAGCGGAAUUGUGAUAUUCAGCACAACAGAACCCAAAGACGGGCAGAGUAGUCUGGGUGAUCAAGCGGAACUGAAGGCCAUACAUCUGUCACAUCGACCGGGCCUUGAUCCCAAUCUCAGCCCUCCAAUCAAGCUCUACACCGUCGACGCCGAAGUUCCAGCUGCCAUGGCGUCUUACAAGCGGGUUCAGGAGGCCUACCGGAGGAUUUUCCAGACAAUCGGGAUCCCGUUCACGUUUGCCAAAGCUGAUAUUGAAGCUAUCGGCAGUGCGACGUCCCACAAAUUAAUAUUACCAGUCGUUGUCAGGAGAAGACAGGUUAAUCCACUGUACCCUAUGUUUGAACACCUCGAAACUGGAACUAGCACCAUCAAGCCUAUCACCGCGGGUAGACAACCCCAGCCGGCUGCAAACAUCUGUCCGGUCCAGUCCUUCGAGAACGAUGCGUUGCCCGCGUUCAAAUUGCAGUGGGAGCAGAUGGAGGUGCUCGUGGACGAGAGCUGUCUAGCCGUGGAGAUCGAGCAAAUCUUUGAGCGCGUCAACUCCCAGUUCCGCCGCUGCUUUUCACCGCCUGUACAAGACUCAGAUGGCCGACUUGAGCUGUCCCCGCUCUCGAUAUGGCCCAGUCUACCAACCUACACUGUCCACGACCUGCGCACAGUGUCCGUCGCGUUGGACUCCUCGACGGCGAUUGAGGUCGGCCACACGUUUUAUCUGGGCACAAACUACUCAGAUGCGCUUGUUCUGCGGGUCGGGGGGGAUGAAGGACAGGCCAAGCAGGUGGUGGAGAUGGGCUGCUUUGGGGUUGGCAUCAAUGACGAUGCAAACUUUGACAGUUGUGAGCAAGCAUAA